AUGGGUGGUCUCCUUGCCAGAGCAAUGACUCCUCCAGAAGAUCCAGAAUCCUCUGUUGAUGAGGAUGAACUGAACCAGAUAUACGAGAAGUGCCAGGCCAUGGUAAACCACUUGAGUGGGUCAGAAGAGGAGCAUCAAAGCAAUGCCUCUGACGAUUCCUUUGUGAAUGUGCAUGGCCCAUCAGUUGCACCAUCGCAUCCACCCCAUCAGGACUCGAGUCAGGAGUCAGGGGUGCCUUCUGUACGUGAGAUCAUCAUGUGUUCCAUGGCCAGGCCUACCACAUGGGCGAUGGCCUACCAGACCCUAGGGACACUCCGGUAUGAAACUUGGAUCGAUGCCAGCAUCCUCAACUUUCAUCUCCUGUCCCAAUGUGGGGGCACCCAUGCCUUACCAGAUGCACAGGAGAUUCAACUUUUUCAUCAACGCCAUCUCUUCAAUUCCCAUCCUGCCAAUCCAUCCAUUCCCAUUGCCUUUGUGGUCAUGCAAAACAGUCACUUCUUUGUUGCAGUCUUUGACUAUUGGUUGAACCUUGCAUUCAUCCUUGGAAGGUGCAUCAAACGUGUCCCAGAAACCCCUCAUCCCCACUAUGACCCACUGCAUGAUGACUGGAACACAUGGAAUGGCCCUUUCUACUGGACACGCAUAGCAUCGCUUCAUGGAUUCAAUGCCAUCAACCCAACCCAAGUUGAUGUGCAGGUGUACAAUUGGUCACAGAACGGUUUCAACUGUGGCCCCAUUGCAUCCUUUGUCAUGGAGUCACUCAUGAGAGGGGGGCUAUCUGGUGAUGGCAGGCCUACCAUCCACAUCCCUCCAAUUCCUUGUGGUCAUCGUCUCUGCCUUCAAAUGCUUGUCAUGGUGAAGGAGGGCUGUCGAAGGUGCUGGGAGGACUAUCGUUACUUGUCUACAGCCACCCUUCCCCCUGGUCACAUGUGGACACAGUGGGACGACACCAAAGCCAUCAGUGAAGACAUCCUUAUGGAUGUGGAACACCAAUCAUCUGGAGAGCAACAUGCUACCAUCGUCCGUGAGUUGAAUGUCAUUGGGGCCAACUGCCUUCACUGCCAAAGGGGGGAUGACUCCAGCGAUGUAGUGAACCCUGAUGUGCACUCUGAUGGUGACUUUCUGACUGACACUGAAGAUGAAGGUGAAGACCAUUGUUUGCCUCUGGAUGCCAAGUCUCAGCAUCUCAGGGAUCUCCUUCGGCACUACCCUUAUGACUGGUCAGCUGGAACAAUGUACCAUUUCCCACAUCCAACUCUGCUGGUAUACCUCCCUGCAUACCAAGGUCAACGAUGGAAACCUUUCGAUCGCAGGUUUGAUGAGUAUGAAGGAGGACCUGUCUUGGAAAGUUUGCACCAGGACCGCAACUGCAACGAGAUUGUGGAGGAGCCCUAA